AUUUUUAAAGGGAUCUUCCGUCCCUACACGUUGCUGCUCGAGAAGUACGUGUUGUCAAUGCUUUCUGAGUUUCAUCUUCUUGCAUCAUACCAAAGUUUUACAAUUAUAUAAAUACCUCAUUUUUGUCUAUCUGCCAAAUUUUUGUUUGCGAUGUCUGCAGAUGGCCAAGCCGAAAUGCCCUUGGGGCCUGAUGGACAACCAAUCUCUAAAAAAGCUUUAAAAAAACAACAGAAGGAAGCAGAGAAGGCUGCCAAGAAGGCUGAGAAAGCAGCAAAACAGGCAGCUGAGGCAGAGGCUACCGAAGAGGAUGAUUUUGCAAAAGAUCGCUAUGGCAUCGCACCACUAAUACAGUCAAAGACUGUUGUCGACCGUACACUUGUGAAGCUACAAACCCUUGUAGAAGAGAAGGAUGGUGAGACGGUGUGGGUGCGGGCAAGACUGCACACAAGCAGAAGCAAAGGAAAGCAGUGUUUCAUAGUUCUUCGUCAGCAGCAGUUUACUAUCCAGGGACUGGUAGCCGUCGGAGACAUUGUCAGUAAAGGGAUGGUCAAGUUUGCUGCAAACAUUACCAAGGAGUCAAUUGUUGACAUUGAAGGUGUUGUCAGAAAGGUGACACAGAAAGUUGAAGGAUGCAGUCAGCAAGAUGUGGAGCUUCAUGUACAACAGUUAUUUGUCAUCAGUGCUGCUGAGGCCAGGCUGCCAUUACAAAUUGAAGAUGCAUCACGACCAGUUACCGAGGAUGAGGAUGGUAACCAGGGACCAACUGUUAACCAGGACACAAGACUGGACAACAGAAUCAUUGACCUCAGGACUACAACUAACCAAGCUAUAUUUAGAGUUGAGGGUGGUGUUUGUGAGUUAUUCCGUGAAGCGUUAAGAGCUCAACAAUUCACAGAGAUACAUACACCAAAGAUUAUAGCAGGUGCUAGUGAAGGUGGUGCAAAUGUAUUCCAUGUUUCCUAUUUCAAAACUAAAGCCUGCCUUGCCCAAUCCCCACAGCUGUACAAGCAGAUGGCCAUUUGUGCUGACUUUGAUCGAGUCUUUACCAUCGGAGGAGUCUUCCGUGCAGAAGAUUCCAAUACUCAUCGUCACUUGACUGAGUUUGUUGGUUUGGAUGUUGAAAUGGCUUUUAACUAUCAUUAUCAUGAGGUUGUGAUGGUUAUUGGUCGAAUGUUCAACCACAUUUUUGAAGGCUUAAGUAAAAGGUACGCGACUGAGAUUAAGACCAUUGGUAAGCAGUUUCCUGCUGAGCCCUUCAAAUUCCUUGACCCACCUCUUAUGCUCAACUACUCGGAAGGUGUCAAGAUGCUGAGAGAAAAUGGUGUUGAGAUGGGAGAUGAGGAUGAUCUAAGGUAA